UUUAGGUGGGAACUUGGUUUUGAGUGGAACUUUUGAAAAAUUAGCGAUCGGACGGUGAAUACAUCAAGACAGGCGAAAUAAUUUUUAAUGUGCGGUAUACGUGAUCGGUUGUGUUGCUUUUUUUUCUCUCUGUUGCAGACGCGAACGUAACGUGUAUUAUAUGCGAAUUGAAUAUUAUUUAUAAUAUGAAUGCUUUUGGUGCAGAAGAAGUUUGUGAAUAAAAAAAAAUAAUUUUAAAGUAAAAGAAAAGAAUUUACUUUUGAUAAACACGAAGGUGAGCGAAUCGGUUUCUUUACGAUAAGACACCGAUACGACAGUGAAGGAUACUAAAACUCAAAACGGAUAUAAAACGCAUAAAAAACACAGAAGCUCAAAAUGAAAUUGUUUGUGUUUAUAUUGGGCAUUUGCCAAAUUUAUAGUGUUUCAUCACAAGGAUUUAUACCCCCAUUCAGACCGGUCGACACAUUCAAUACACGUCGUCAACUAACACCAGUCCAGCAAACUCAUAUUCUUAGCGAUGUUCAACAGCAUCAACAGCAUCGGUUUUCGUUCCCACAAAAUCAGGUGGUCGAUAACCAACAAAAGAACUUCGGCCAGAAACCUCCGAAUGUUUUCAUCGAGCCAACCGUUAUUCAACAAUUGCCGACCCAGACAAGCAUACUAAACCAAAGACCACCACCGUUCCAGCCGAAUCAGCCGCAGUAUCGAUUCCCCCAAUCGUCCGUACGACUGAAUCCGCAACAAAGUCAAAAUAAUUUCCGAACCGCUCCAGCACCGAACGGUCGAUCGAAUAACUUUAACAACGAGAUUCACGUACAGCAUCAUACCCAGACGAACUUUAUUCCGAACUUUUCUCAGCAACAAUCAACCGUUGAACAGACUCGAUCGUCUAAUGUACAGUUUCCACAAACAACAUUCGAACGUAGUCAAAAUCAGGCUCCCCAACCUCAUCAGUUGCCCAAUCCUCAACUCCACCAACAGCCAUUGAAUCAACGGUCGAUUCCAAAUGGACAGAACAAUUUUCAAAUUCCACAAAAGCCGUUCCAGCCUUCGAUUCAACUUCCAUCACCGAGUGAACCUUUAUUGCCGACGCCAAAUGUUCAACAACAGGUCUUCCAGCAACAAAAUCCUGUACAACCUGUAUCCACACUACAGAGCCAAUUGUUCAAUCCUCAACCCCAAUUUUCGUACAAUCCCGAACAACAAACGCAAAUUUUGCAAAUUCAACCGUCCAAACAGAUCUCCAACCAAUUCAUACAAAACCAUCAACCCCAACAGCAGUUCAGUACUUUCACUCAACAACAACAACAACAACAGGCAUUCGUUCAACCACCUCCAGUGCAAUUUAUCCAACCACAACCUCAGUUCGUUCAACAAACGCCUCAAUAUUUCCGUGAAGAAGAUCGCGUCAAGCAGAUCCGUGACAAACAGCAAAUAAUUCAGAAACAUGAGCAGUUUGUGGCUAAGCAAUACCAAAAACAACUGAACAAAGUCAAACAACAGCAUGAAGAAUUUUUAGCCAAACAACGCCAGAUCAAAGAGCAAAGCAUCACCAAAAAUCGGCCAACUAAUGUCGAAUACUCUCAACAAAUCACCAGAAGUCGUGCCGUACAUCCAUACGAAUCCGGAACAUUCGAACGAGCGGUUAAAGUCUACCAUGAAACUCAUCCGACCUCACCAAAGCCAACAACCACUACAACAUCCACAACAAAUGGAGCUUCAGUCAAAAAGCGAAAACAGGCCAAAGGUGAAAUCUCUGACGAAGAACUGGAAGAAUUUUUGAAAAAUCAUCGUCAAAAAUUGUACAGUGAAUUGAAGCAGGAGGUUGAGAGCGGCAAGUCAGCCAAAGGUGGUAAAUCUAAGGUUAAAUCGACAAAGGCAUUGGGCAGAGAUGAUUUGUUAAAACAAUUGAAAUUGGCCUUAGCCGAUGCACCUCAAGAUCUUGGUAACAGUACUUACUCCAGCAUGGACGUUGUAUUACCAGAUGGUCAAAAAGUCCAAGUGAUCAGAACGAGUGAUCCAAGUUUGAUACAAGGAGCAACACCUUUGGACGGUGGUAAUGAAUUCUUAGGACAGCCCGAACGAUUAGUAUCAGCCUCGACACCACAACCAGACGUUAUCAAUCACGAAGAACUUCUGAAAGGUUUUUCCCUGCCACCGGGAGCGAAUUUCGAGGUCGUUAAACAAGGAUCUGACGGUGCUUUACAGCCCGUUGGAAAUGUGCCAACACAAAAGAAAGUUACUUUUGUUUACUUGGAGGAACAAAACGACGGAAGCUACAAGGUUCAAGGUGUCAAGGCUAAUGGAGACAAAGAAGCUAAAACAAAGGGAGCUGAGGUCGAUAGCAUUGUUAAAAGAAUCAAAAACGGAGAAAUUCAACUUCCACCGCCAUCCAAUCGAGUUGGACUUAGUACGAUUGCUGUAACAUCCACAACCAGUUCACCAAACAGUCCAGUUCAUGUUAUACCAUUAAGCACAGUAUACGAAACAAACACGGCCGCUUACUCGUCUAGUCCCAGUAGUACGCCCAGUCCGACCGUUCACUUCCGCAGUUCUGUGUCACCAUAUUCUACCCUAGCUACUAUUAACAGCGAAGAAACAAUUAGACUUACCGCAUCGCCAAGCUCCCAUUUCCCCAGUUCAACUCCAUCGACACUCAGCACAUUCCAAUCAACAUUCGCCAGUUCUCCCGGCUCUAGUUCCUCUUUCGCCAGUUCAGCUAGCACAUACGAUGCAUCUGUAUCACCAGCCAUCAAUUCAGUGACUCCAUCAUAUGAAUCGUCGCAGGGAUCAACGACACGUUUCCAUCUACCCACGGUUUCUGCAGAGCCACAAACAGACGCGAUCAACAAUAACAACGAAUUCAGUUCAAUAUUGAAGAAUAACGGACUACACGCAAUGGCCAAGUAUCUCAAGCAAUCGGGCUUGGAUUCCAUCUUAAACGAAACGGGACCGUACACAGUCUUCGUGCCGACAGAUAAGGCGUUCAAAAGUUUAUUGGUUCAAUUGGGCGGUCCUGAACGGGCUGAAGAAAAGUUCAAAACAAAUCCACGAUUACUGAGCGGGCUUCUAUUACAUCACGUGAUUCCCGGAUCGUUUGAGAUUGCAUCGCUGCAAGACGAGAUGACGGGCGUUUCUUUAGCUGGAACUCAAUUGCGAGUAAACCAAUACAACAUGCACGAUGCUGAAUGGAAUGAUAUAAAGAUUACAACAAUCAAUGGUGCGAUGAUUGUGCCCGACAAAAACGACAUAACGAUCCCGCAAGGCAUAGCCCAUGCAGUUGAUCGCGUUAUGUUCCCUCUACCAGUUGGUGAUAUUUUGCAGACACUACAAUCCGAUCGAGAGCACAGAUUCACAAUAUUCUUGAAGGCGCUGUUCUCAUCUGGCAUUUCAGAAAUCUUACAAAAUAAAGAUUUAGGCGCAAAGACGUACAGUGUUUUUGCUCCAAUUGAUGCAGCGUUCUCGAACCAGACUCAAGACGAAAUCAACAUUAUGGUCAACGACAAGGAAACGGCAACGAAACUUGUUAUGAAACACAUUACACCGGGAACUCUAUUCUCAGCCGGUAUGCGUUUCUAUCAAGUGAAAGACUCUCUAACCGGCGGUAAGCCCAUCACACUACAGAAGACUAGUGGAGGCAAAAUCAAAGUCAAUGAAUCCCAGAUUAUCACAUCAAACAUACCUGCAACGAAUGGCGUUAUUCAUGCAAUCGAUACACUGUUAUAAUUACAAAAAUGCCCAAUUCUCUAUCAUCAUUCAUUUAACAUCCCCCCCAAAGUGCUCAGUUGUAUUAAGUUUAUAUUCGGAAGCUGUUCGAACAUAACAAAAGCUUAACGAGUAAGAAAAUGAAAAGCUUUUCCAUCGAUGAUACACUAUCGCCAUCUGUUAGUAUGUAGUGUUUAUGUUGUAAAUUAUUAUUUAUCGAUUCAACUACUCAACACGGCGAAAAUACGGUCGUGUUGUGAGCGGAAUCAAAGAAUUUUUUUUUGUUAAAUUAAAAAUGAAUGCAAAAGCAGAAUGAAUCGGAAUCAGGUGAAAUGCAACGUUGUUCAAUCUGCACAAUCUUCAAUAGAAUUAUAAAUAUUUGCCUUCACAUUCGAUUUAGUGAAAAGAAAACUAGACUUAACGUGGAACUAUUGGUACUUUUAGUUGGUAUAGUUGAAUUUUUGAUUGUAAUAAAGUUCAUCUGAGCGAUUGUAUAUUACAAUUUAUAUUAAACCAUUUACUUGUACAGGAGAACCAAAUCUACAAAAUGAAAGAAAAUAAAGAAUUUGUUACAA